GGGGAUUUCCAGCGGAACAUGAAGGUAAGAGAUGCUGGAUGAUGGGGAGAGGGCGGCUCGGUAAUGCUACUCCCCAGCACUGCAUGACACCCAACGGGCAUGUGUACUGACACUUCUUGUUCUUACUGAGCUGGCGGCAUUGGACAUGGUGUUUUUAAUGCGCGCUGCUCUCUGUAAAUCCUGACCUUCAACAUACUGCGGCGGAAAGCCUGCAGCAAGGGCUUAAUAAGGUGGGGACUCUCCAUCCAGCACCCAAAUCAACCACCUUCUCAUGUCACGUUGAGGUGUUUUGGCUAAUGAGGAACCCAGAGAUGCCCAUUACAGCAUGAAAGAGCCCUGGGCACGGCGUAUGCUCGAAUUAAACCAAGCACAUCUUCACUUUCAUUAUUCCAUAUCGCUCUUUUGGAGGAUGAUUGCGGCUUGCUGAUUGCCCCCCGUCACACUGCACCGCUGUCCGAGGUCUUCCGGCGUCCAGUGGGAGAGAGGAUGGCAAGGCGUCCCACUUAAAGAAACUCCUGGGUUGUAGGAUAAGAGGUUGCAUGCUACGCAGCCCACUGCCACAGAUGGAUGCCAAGUUGCGAGAAGAUCUAUUCCGCAGGUAUGUGGCGUCCUUGGAGAAUCGGCUUGAGGAGGCAGCCGCUGAAGGAGAUCGACAAGGAGCCAAGACUGAGGAGGCACUGAUAUCUACUGCAACAGCACUGUUGGGCUCUUACCAGCUCGAUCCAGGGCAGCGCUUCCGCUUGGUUCGGUUCUAUGAAACUGCUGAGAACUCCCUGAGGACUCAGAGGAGCGCAAACUUGCAGACAUUGGAGACGGCCUUUGCGACGCUGGAAACCAUCUGUACCAACUUGCUGCUCUUUCCUUGGAAAAAAGAGUUCCGUUGCAUAAAGACCUUCACAGGGCCGUACGUGUACCAGUUGCAGUCGGUGAUAUGUGACGCAGACCUGCGUUCGCUGCUGCGCUCCAUGGGCUACUCAAGAGACCAGGAGCUGCAGUACCAUGUUCGGGACCAUCCAGGUGGAGCCUCGCACCUCCGGCAGCUGGCCUUCGAGCUGCUCCUGGCCCAGGCUGAGUGCCUUCUGCUCGGCGAGGUGGUGUCCAUGUCUCGGGGCUUUGCCUCGGAGCUGGAGGCUGUGGAGGUGAGGAGAAACACCAGAGAAGAUGCGGCAGGGUGCGCUGAUGCCCUCCGCCGACGAGACAGCCUUACAGGGGACUUGUCCCGCCUGUCGGUGCGGCCGCUGGACAUGGACCGUGCCCAUCUAAGGCGAAGCGGUCGGCCGUCCAAGUCGGUGGAUGUAACAGACAGCGCAGGACACUGGCACCAAGCCAGCAAGCCAGUGCUGAAGGCCUCGCUCAGCCUGCGCAAAGAGCCAUUGUUCGUCGACACAGAAGAAGACCUGAAGGAUGAAAUCAUCCGCCCGAGUCCUACGCUGUACCCUGUGGCGGCGCCGCCCUCUUACAGCCCAGUGGCUGACUUCUUCCCGAUUCAGUCGCCCCCAUCUGAGCCAUACUCCUACCACUUGUCCUCCCUGGAUGAGGUGGACUUGUACACUGAGCGGGGUCUGGGCGGCCACCAGACGCCCUCAAGGCCACAGAGCCGGGAGCCUCGAGAGUCCCGGGACAGUUGGGUCCUGAAGGGGCAUGUGAUGAAGUGCCAGGGCUGUGGCAUGGGCUGUCCUUCGCUCUCCUCUUGCCAGAGGUGCGACAUGAUCUUGUGUUCGUCCUGCCAUGCUGUGGAACCGGCGCCUUGUUGUGGCUUCCAGGAUUACACUAAAACUUCCCGCCCUUUGGAUGGCUACAUGCACAUCAAGGAGAAGUUGUCGGUCUACUCCAACGCCCACUCGCACACUCACCCUCACCCUCUUCCCCACGCUCAGUCCCACUCGCUGUUGCUGGACAAAGCUGUGAUGAGCACCAAGCUGUUUCCUGGUAAGGCCAUGGGUUCGGGCAGCAGUCCGGUGGUGGGCUCCAUGAGCAGCGGGGGUGAGCGGAUGAGUGUGGGCGGCUCUCGCUGUGGCUUCUGCAACAAGCCAGGCGCCUCUCACACCUGUGUCAACUGCUCCAAGGUGUCAUGUGACAUGUGCAUGAGCCUCUACGGCAGUGAUGUGUGCACCCGCAAAAACCCUCAUCAUAACUUUGUGCCCAAUCAUCAGCUCAAUUUCAAGUCCAGCACCAUAUCCCACCUCGUGUACCGAUAGACCAGGAACACAGUGUGCACUACACCACUGGCGCUGUUUUAGCUCUGCUUUUACCAUCCUUUAUUUACUUUUUUUUUUUUUUUUGGAAACACUUCCUGCUUCCAUUCUCAGUUGGCAGUUGUUUGGUUUUGGUCAUGUGAUCUUGCAGUGCAUUUCCUGUCCCUCAGUAGUUCUACUUUAUCAAGGAAAACAAAAAAAGCAGUUUGACCGGAGAUUUCCAUUCAGUAUCAGAACUUGUUAGCUUGAAAAAUAACCAUGCAGCACAUAGGAACUGUGAAUGUUUAGCAGAGACUUCACCCUGGAACUGAAUCGAGGGAGUGCGAACUUCUCAAACUUGAACAAAAGAAAAAAAAUAAAUUACACUGGAAGUAAAUAGUAUAUAUUUUGAAUUGUGACUCUAUAGAUCUAUGUAGACUAUCGCUCUCAUGGUGGGGUGGUGUUCCCAGUUGAAUGGGGCUUCAGUUGUGAGUUUGUAUGGGACUUCUAGUUGCUGUUAAGUCACUAUAUUGAGUCUUCUGACAAGAAAUGCCUUGUGGGUUUAUUAACCCCUAAGAAGUCAGCCUACGCUGUUCAAAAUGCUGCUGUUGAAAGUAAAACCAGGAGGGGGCGCUCCUGGCCUCUAACAUGCUUUGCAAGCAAACUUCAUGCACAUAACUGUUGAUUAUGUCAGUAUAUUUAUAUAAUUUUUUCCUCUGUCCAGUUUACCUUUACAUUGUUUUAACCUGUUAAGUCAUUGAAAUGGAGAAUAAUUUAAUAUUUUGCUACACUGAUUGUCAUGAGAAACAAUUAUUAUUAUUUUUUAAAUUCAUUGUACAAUACAUUUAUGGUGGUGUGUUUGCAUACAGUGAUGAACUAAAGUGUUAUUACUGGGUGAAUGUCACAAAGGAUUUUGUGGGUCAUAUUAGAGCCCUACAUUUGGGCC